AUGUCUCCGAAGACAAUCAAGCCCUCGGUCGUCGUAACCAAGGGUAAUGACACCAACAGCGAUGGCGAGGAUUCUACUACUAUCAAGAAGACCAAGUAUCCCACCCCGCAGGAGGCUUACGUCUUCUACUCUGUCGUGAAGCACAUCCGCGGCAAACCUGACGUGGACUGGGAUGCCAUGGCAAAAGAUUGCGGAUUCAAGAACGCUGAGACUGCAAAGGUCCGCUACGGCCAGAUCAAGCGCAAGCUUAACAUCGAUGCUUGGGACCUUACCAAGAAGAAGACCAACACGCCCUACGAGGAGCUAGACUACGGUGACGGCCCGUCGACCCCGACCAUCGGCCGUACCAAGAAUGUCCCGGUCACCCCCCGCACCGGUUCCAGCAUUAAGAAGCGUGCUAGUGCCGUCAGCAAGCGUCCCGGCAGCGGCCGCGCCGGCCGUCAAGCCAAGGCCGAGGCUAUCAUCAAGAUGGAGCAGGCCGAGCAGGCCAUGGGCGAGUUCGAGGAGUACGAAGAUGAGAUUGAGGAGGCGGACGACGAUGAGCUGGCCAUGACCGAAUAUGAUGAGACGCCGACCAAGAAGUCCGGUGGUCUCAUGGGAAACAAAUACAUCAAGAGAGAGGGCGCCAGCAAGCCCCGUGCCGCCGGUCACGCCACUCACACACUGAGUCGCGCUACCACCACGGCCCCGAACUAUGGCAUCUCCAAUGUCUCCAUGUAUGCCAACUUCCCCUCCGUCAUCCCGGAUGUGGUGCUCGAGCGCAAGGCCAUCAUGGUCAACAUGGCCGGACACUGGAUCGUGUCCCCUUCGGACUGCGAGGCGCACGGCUGCUGGCUCGCCCGCCUCCCGGCCAGCAUCCAGAGCGAAUAUCAUGCGCAAUCGCAGCGCCUGGCCGCCCGGGCCGUUGAGACGUUCAACGCGAUCAAUUCCCUCAAUCCGGCCGCGGGCAAUUCCGACGACCGCCCGUACAGUCCCAACCCCAACCACCGCCAUACCGUGGCCGCCUUCCAGCAGUACAUGGCCGACAACGGCAUCCCGCACUACAGCAACAAUCAUGAGAAGGCCCUGGGCGCCCCCCCGCUCCAGCAGGUCCAGCAGGUCCAGCACCACCCCCAGCAGAUGUUCCUGCCGACCGGCGUGGUCAUGCAGCAGAUGGGCCUGCGGGCCCCGACUACUACCCCCGCUCAUCACCACGGUCACCACUGUUUUGCCGCUGCCGACCAGCAACAAGUCGACCUCAGCGCGUUUGCCAACGAGGACGGCCUGCCCCGCGGUCCGUUCCCCGACUACGACAACAACGACAACCACAACGACGACGAUGUCGAUCUCCACUCCGUGCCCCUGCACCCUUCCUGCGUACAGCAGCAGCAGGAGGAGGAGACGCCGGAGGCUCGCGAGGCGCGCGAGGCCCGGGAGCGGGCGGAGCGCGAGCAGGAGGAGCUCGACGCGCGCAUGCUCUUCGAGGGCAUCUCCGACUCGGCUGACUCGGAGUCUGAGUAA